AUGGAAGGCAGAGGCACUGAUGAGCUGGCGCAAACGCUCAAUGAGUACCUGUGUGACAUUUUGGAGGAGUUCCUGAUUUUUGGAGGAGACAUCUUGAAGUUUGCUGGAGAUGCUGUGCUGGUGCUGUGGAGAACACCACCCCAGGAGGUGGCCAGGACCAUCAGCCUGGUGCUGCACUGUAGCCGGCAGAUCCAGAAGAAGUACGGAAGGCGUGACACAGAUGUGGGGCAGAAGAUCCAACUGAAGAUAGGGAUCUCUGCAGGGACCAUGAGCCUCCCGGUUUUCGGAGAUGAGAGCUGGCAACACUUCUGCAUUUUUGGCCCGUGCCUGGCUGAAGUUCGUGAUGCCGAAGAGGUUGCGGGUGCAGGUGAAGUUGUCCUCUCGGCCACCUGCUGGGAGCUCUGUGCCAUGAGGCCUGCUCUUCUCUUGCCCAGUGACCUGAACGCCAAGGAUGUGCUUAGGAAGUACAUACCAGUCGCUGCUCUCGGGAAGCUCGAUGCAGGACUGCCCAUGGAUCUCCUCUCUGAGCUACGGCCAGUCACCUGCAUCUUUGUCCAGCUGCAGCUUGCUGCAGGUACCAGCUCGGAGCAUCUCAGCACCGUCCUCAAGGAGGCCAGCAGGGUGAUGCUAGAAAUCCUCUCUCCUCACAAGGGCCACAUCAACAAAGUCCUCCUGUGUGAUAAAGGCUGCACGUUCCUCUGCGUGCUGGGACUCCCUGGAAACAAGCUGCCCUGCGAGAGCCUUCACGCCCUGCAGAGUGCUCUGGAGAUCUUCAACUCGUGCUCCACCAUGCUCAAGGAAAGAGAGAAGGAGGCAGUGCCCUGCGAGGUGGCAGGCAACCCCUGGGCUCAGCCCACGGCAGCCAGACGGAGUCCCUCCAAGCACACUCUGCUGGCCACCGCACUGGAAAGAGCCCUCGUGAGGGCCAGAGGCCGCUGCGGCCAGAGGCAGGCCCUUCUGGGCCACUGCCCCAUGAACGGGGAUGGGGCCCAGCCACCUGAUCCCAAGUGGCUGUCAUCGCCAGGCGUCCUUGGCCAGAAGGUGAACUUGGCUGCCCGGAUGAUGGUGCACUACCCUGGGCUGGUGUCCUGUGAUGCAGUGACUUACGCCGCCUCCUGGCUGCCUGCUUCCUACUUCAAGGAGCUGCCGGAGAGAGAGAUGAAAAGCAGGAGUGAAAUCGCAGGGAUGGGGAAGACUGUUGGCCAGCGGGGCAGCGUGAGCAAUGGAAAAGGCCUCGACGAGGGCGAGGGGGCUGCGCUGCGGGGCAGGCAAGCAGGUGGCCCCGUGACUGCUCUGAGGAAGGCAGAGGUGCCCAAGCGUGGACGAGCAGGUCGGAAGCAGGAGACUGACCUCUUUGUCAGCUGCUUGAACGCCUAUAGGGAUUCAGGCCAAAGGAACAUCCUGGCGGUUGAGGGCACGAUGGGCUGUGGAAAGAGCCACUUACUUGCUGAACUGGCCUCUCUAGGCCAGGAUGCUGGCCACAGCGUGGUUGCCCUGGAACUGCUGGAGAUCGACAUGAGGCAGCCCUUCUCUGCCAUCUGCAUGCUGAUGGCCAGGGCCCUGGGCCUCCAGGACUGUGAAUCGCGCGGCGACAGGCAGCGCGUGCUGAAGACAAAGCUGCAAGGGACAAUCGAAGAGAGCAGCUACUGCCUCCUCAAUGACAUUUUCUGCGUCAAGUUUCCCAUUUCGGACAACGAUCGCGAGAUGGAUGAAACUCAAAGAAAACUGGAAUUGCACUCGACUCGGCUGAAAGUGCUGGAGAAGACCCUUACAGGAGAUUUUGGCAUAUUUGUCAUCGACAAUGCCCAUUUCAUCGACCCUGACUCCUGGUUCAUCAUGUCACCCAUGCUCCAAACAAUCUCCCUCUUCAUGGUCAUGAGCUUAGCCCCGGGCUACGAGAUAACAGAGAGCUUCCGCAAAGCCGCAGCAGACAACGCCAUGUCCCAGAAAAUCACUUAUCUUCAUCUGGACAAGCUGAAAGCUUCAGUUGUGAUGCAGAAAGUCUGCAAUGACCUCGGAGUGGUCAGCAUCCCCAGGGAUCUGGUGAGGUUCCUGAUCCGAACCAGCUCAGGGAUCCCAUAUUACUGCGAGGAGCUGCUGCGCUGCCUUCGUGCCAACGACAUGCUCCAGUUCUGCACCCGGAGGCAGUCUGGAAAAGCAAAGGACAACUGGGAGAGCCUGAUCACAUCUGCAGUCGAGGCUUCAUCCCUCGCAGCAACCUGGAGCUCCGACGCGGGGAAUGACGGCAGGGUCUGCCUCCUCAGGCCAGGCGUGACCCUGGAGAACACCGCGCUGCCCAUCCCCUUGAAAGAGAUUGCGCUGACUCAGCUGGAUCGGAUGCAGCCGCUGACGCGGAUGGUUGUGAAGUUUGCAGCCAUCAUCGGGCCGGUGUUUACCACCCAGCUCCUGUCGCACAUCCUUCCCACUGGCCUCAGGACCCAUAUGAAUUCCUCGUUGGACGAGCUGGUGAGCGACAACAUCCUGAAGCGGCUGAAAAACACAGAGGUGCCAGAAGAUGUGCAAGAUCCUACCGAGGGGCCAGCCACCUCUUCGCAGGUGGAGAGCGGUGUGCAGAGGCCCUCUCCCAGCACGAGGACCGAGGAGCAGCAGCCUGGCGUCCUGGCCUUCUGCGUCCCACUGCUGCAGAAGGCUGCGUACGAGCUGUGGCCCGAGAGGCAGCGAGUCGCCUUGCACGGCAAGUGUGCCGCCUUCCUGGAGCAGCACGCGCACAAAUGCAGGAGCUGCGGCCAAGGGGAGUUUGUCGCCUUCCACCACUUCGCCGUCACCAGCAGCCAGGAUGGAGGCAGCUGUCGGGACCCUGCCGACGGAGGCGACUCAUGCAGCUGGGAGGCCUUGGUGCUGGCUGGAGAAGAGCUGAAGCGGGAUAGGACCCACGCCACUGGGGGUACGCUGUGCACCGUGCUCCACAGCCCGGGCCCUCCAGGAGCCCAGGGGUGUAUGCUGGGGAUCGGCUGGGAGGAGGUCUGCCAGGGACGAGCCCAGGCGCUGAGGACAACCACCGCAGACUUUGCUCAGCGUGUCGGCACCCUCGCAAGGGUCCUUGAAGCCCAGUGGGAGAGCGAGAGCAGCUCUUCCCCUGGGGCAGGCGAGGAGGUGUCUAACCCCCUGUUUUCUUUGCAGAUGCCGCAGAGCAGCAGGCUUUCACGGAGGAGGAAACUGGAGGGCGAACAGACAACUGAGCUGCCCGACGAGACCGACAGGCAGCACAACGGCACACACUGGUGUGAAUGCCGAGCCAUCGUGGAAUCGGUGCUUGUGCCUUUGGCUCGCCACUACGUGGCAAUGGGCGAUGCCGACCGAGCCUUUUACUACCUUCUGGAGUGUGCUGCUGCCUACCUGCACGUCUCCAACAGCUACAUGGCCCUCAUGAAACUGAACGAAGCGGAGGUCCUGAGGAAGAUGAAAGCCACUGCGAUAGCCUGCUUUGAAGAGGCCACCUUCUUCAGCCUCAAAGGGCAGGUUUGCUGGUGUAUGCAACGCCUUCGGCUGGCAGAGACAAUGAUGAGGGAGGCUUUGAGCUUGCUCAGAAGGAACUUCCCCGAGACCUCCCCUGGCGCCUUUGUCAAGGCUCAGGUGGAAAAGUUGCCUUGUGUCGCUUACGUGAGAGCAGCCUGCCUUCUGCAGAAGGGCCGGUAA